UCUGAUUUUAUGUAUCUUGUUAGAUUAUACCUCAUGGUAUAAUUUGUUCACUUUUGAUCAUGCAGGUGAGUUAACUAAAGUUGUGUGAGAUUUCAUAAACAUUUAUAACAGUAUGCACAGAUUAAUAAAAACUUUCAUGUGUAUAAUAACCUCAUGCUAAAGUGAAAAUGGAUAUCAGCAAUGGGCAGAGUUCAGAUGUGACAUGAAUAGUUCAGUGCCAGCCUGGAGUAGCUGGUUGUUUAACUGCACCUUCCAAAGUUAAAAGAAGUAUCCUACACCUUGUGUAAUGGGUCUGGCUUUUCUGUGUUACGUGCCUGGGUGCUGGGGAAAGUGACUUGUAGAAGUUUAGUGUUUUGGACUAGACAGUGCAGUCAUGUGGGGUUUCCUUUUCCAUUGCAUGAGUCAUCACAGUCCAGUUCACCAGCCAUUUACAGCUGCAUGAACUUGUGAAGGAGCCAAUUCUUGGACUUCCUGUGGGAAAAUUUUGAAGAUGCUUUUGAAAACAUCCCUGUGGCAUCCAAGAUGGAUCUCAAGAGUGCUCUGGAAGAAUGUUCAAUGGCAUUGAAUUUGUUUCUAAAUAAUAAGUUCUCCGAAGCCCUGGAAUUACUUCGUCCAUGGUCUAAAGAUAGUAUGUACCAUGCCCUUGGGUACAGCACUAUUUUAGUUAUGCAAGCUGCUAUGACCUUCGAACAACAGGAUAUACAAAUGGGAAUUUCUACAAUGAAAGAAGCUUUGCAAACCUGUCAAAGAUUCAGGAAAAGAAGCACAGUGGUAGAGUCCUUGUCCAAUCUAGUUUCUAAACAGUCGGUGGAUCAAUUGAGUGAAGAGGAAAUGCAUGCUGAAAUCUGCUAUGCGGAAUGCUUACUGCAGAAAGCAGCUCUCACCUUUGUACAGGAUGAAAAUAUGAUCAACUUCAUCAAAGGUGGCCUCAAAAUUAGGACAAGUUACCAAAUAUACAAAGAAUGUCAUCAGGUUCUACAGAUGACUCAGGGGAACAAAAGCAAAAAUGAAACCUACCACCAGUUUGAAGGAGGAGUAAAACUUGGAAUUGGAGCAUUCAAUUUGAUGCUGUCACUUUUACCAGCAAGGAUCCUCCGAUUUUUAGAAUUUAUUGGAUUUUCUGGCAAUAGGGAGCUGGGCCUCUAUCAACUAUGGGAAGGAGCAUCUGGCAGCAGUUUGAGAGCCAUUCUGUGUACUUUCACCCUGUUGGUUUAUCAUACUUAUGUCUCCUUAAUCCUUGGUACAGGGGACGCCAACCUUCAGGAAGCAGACAGCCUCCUUGAACCCUACCUCAAAAAAUUUCCAAAUGGUUCCAUUAUACUAUUUUAUGCUGCCAGAAUAGAUAUCCUGAAAGGAAAUUUUGAGAAGGCUCAGUUAACAUUCCAAGACUGCAUAGCAUCCCAGCAAGAAUGGAAGCAGAUUCAUCACCUCUGUUAUUGGGAACUGAUGUGGUGCUACACCUUCCAGCAGAACUGGCUUCAGGCAUAUCGGUAUGCAGACCUGCUGAGCAAAGAGAGCAGGUGGUCUAAGGCAAUAUAUGUAUUCCAAAAAGCAGCAAUUUUAUGUAUGCUUCCAGAAGAUGAAUUGAAAAGUACCGGUGAGGACAUUGUAUCUUUGUUCAGACAAGUGGAUGGUCUAAAACAGAGAAUUGCAGGAAAGUCUAUUCCAACUGAGAAGUUUGCAGUAAGGAAAGCUCGGCGCUACGCAAGUUCCCAACCUGUGAAGCUGAUAUUACCUGCCUUGGAAAUGAUGUAUGUCUGGAAUGGCUUUGCAAUUGUGGGCAAAAGAGCAGACCUCACAGAAAAUUUAUUGGUAACAAUUGAAAAAGAAGAAACUGCUCUAAAAAAUGAAACUAGCCACACUGAGUACUAUAUGGAUGAUGUGUGCAUGCUGCAGUUACUGAAAGGCCUUUGCCUUAAACACUUGGGAAGACUCAUGCAAGCUGAACUAUGUUUCAAUCAAGUAAUUCAAAGUGAGAAGCAAAUAAAAUAUGAUAGCUAUUUGGUGCCAUUCACCAUGUAUGAGCUGGGACUUCUAUACAAACAACAGGACGAGAGAGAAAAAGCCAUAAGAUACAUAGAAACUGCAAAAAACAACUACAAAGAAUACUCUAUGGAGUCCAGAUUGCACUUCAGGAUUCAUGCAGCACUCGACAGCUUGAAAGUGUCACCUGCUUCAACACCUUGAAUGAAGAGGGAUGCAUUUCAUGCAUAUAGUGCAUGCAAUAGUCUGCACAGUCUUUUUGGAAUGUUUUUUAAAUCUUGAAAAAGAGAGAACUUGGUGAUUGUUUUCUGACAUCUCUGAUUUGAUUUAUGUUGUUUCUUCAGACUUUUCUUUUUCCUUUAUGGCUCAUAUACUGUAUCUACUUGAUACUUUAAAGAAGACCUUAUAUUUUAUUUGAUAAAAAUAAUUUAAUAUUUGACUUAGUGGGGGAUAUUUAAAAAAACAGUUGAUGGUGCAAUAAAAUUUAAUUCAAACACUUUAUUUUUUUAUAUGAAAACAGAUGCUGGCUAUGCAGUGGAACUGGUGAUAAUUUCAGCCUUUUGAGAAGGUUUGAUUUUCUGCAGUACUCUUGAGAUCUUUUUGCCUCUGGAACAACAGUGCAAUGGCUGCAGUAACCUGUACCCAUAUUUAGUGUACCAUAUUCUAAAAUUUGUAUUCCAGAGCAAAAAAAAAAAAAAAAAAAAAAAUCUUCAUUUUUGACUUAGUUUCAUUUUGGGAACAAAAUGAAUUUGUCCAAAGUGCAAUACUUUUAUAUAUUGUAAGGUAAAGUUAAGCAGAGCUACAGGUAAAAAAAAUCUCUGCAGCUCUAGUUCACUCGAGAUAAGUGGUCACAGGGGGACAUUUAUCAGUCAAAGAAAAGCAGGGCUACUAGGGGCAUUAAGAGAUCAUCUGUUAUGUAUUCCCUCCCUUGAAGCAGAAUCAAGGUCUUGCAUUAUUCCUUGAAGAUACAUGUUUAAACUGUUUAAAAAAAAAAUCAAAACAAAACAAAAAACAAAAAACAAAAAAAAAAAAAACCAAAAUUAUAACUUGCACAAGCAGUGUUUUCCAGAGCUUUAUUAUUUCUAUAACUUUUUUCCUGGUGUCUACCUGCAAAUAAUUCCUUGACUAAAACUGAUUACUUCCCAUCUUCCUUGUAGUGGAUUUGGGGAAUGGAUUGUUCUCUUCCUUUUCUGAAGCAGUCUUGCAGUAUUUGAAGACUGGCUAUUUCGUUUCUCCUUUUGGUUCUUGAAUUCCAGUCAGAACAAAUGAAAACUUGCAGAACAUAAUUAUUUCCCUGAUCUUUGGGAAUAACUGAUAUUAAUUGGAGUUGCUUUUGCAUCAAAAAAGAGAAACCAAUUUCAAACUUGGAAUUUGGGAAGUGCAUAUUCUAACCAUAACUUUCUGCCACAAAGUGGGUACUGAGAUAUGGUUAAAAGUUUUGUUUUUUCAUUAGUGUGUGGAGAACAUAGUCAAAUUUAAUUUCCCAAUUCAUUUCUAAUACUUCUCCAAGUUUUACUAGCGCUGUAUUCUUAACUAAAAAUAUACCUGGCAUACUGAACACUGGAACAAGCUUUGCAGAGAGCUGGCAGAUGCCCUGUGACUGUUGGUGUUCAAGAGGCAUUUGGAUACUGCCCGCAAUAAUAUGUUUUAACUUCUGGUUGGCCCUGGAGAGCUCAAGCAGUUGGACAAGAUGAUCAUUGAAGGCUGCUUCCAACUGUUCUGUUAUGCACUAUUCUAUUCUUUUCUGUUCAUCCCCCGUAACUGUUCUGUCACAAAUUAUUGCAAACCUUGCCAAUCUCAAUAUUUUAAUAAUUCUGGUUUAUUUGUUUUCCUGUGAUAAAUAAUUAAUAGUAACUAAGUAUAUGAUUUUUUGCCCUCAGCUGCAACCCAAGAGAAAUAAACAAAGUAGUUGAAAAAACCUCUCCUCAGUAAAUGACAAACUAUAAAAUUCUUAAGAAUUAGUAAGACCACAGCUUUUGUCCAUUACUAUAAAUGAGUAAUUAAAUUGCAUAAAAAUCCACAAUACAACGGAAAUCAGAGUUUAUAAAUAGUAGCUAAACAAAUACAACAGGUUUUUCAAAGUGGAAGGCUAUUCCAAAACCUGUUGUCUUUUCUUAUUUGGAUUUUUGUCUGCCUAUUAUAAAUGUGCAAUUAAACUGUUGGGUUGAAUUAUACACAUUUGAAGGUUAAAUGCCAAAGACACUGAUUCAUCAAUGCUUAUUUCAGAAUGUGCUCUUGUAACUUUAUCUGAAGUAUAAAAUACAUUUGGCUCUUUACCAACCAUGGCAAAAAUAUGCUACCACUGAUUAGAUUUCCUGUCCUUCUGUACACAUCUGAUUAUAAAUGAUAGGCAGCAAAAUUGAAUUUCUCUGUGUUUUGAGACAAUGUUUUUAUUGGACUAUUUGGAUAUUUUCAUUUUAAUGUUAAGAUUAACUGUGAUUCAGUCUGGUUAUUAGGUUAUAGCAGUCAAAUGGGACCACUUCAUUUUCUUGUGAAAGAUGAUGGAAACAUUAACAGGUGGAAGUUCUAUAGUUUCUAUUUCAGAUCAUUAUCUGAAACCAUUAUUAUUAUUAUAAUUAUUAAUUAUUAUUGUUAUUCACUUCACUGAAGAAUAAGAGCUGAGACUACAGACUCAGGAUGGAGCAUGGAGUAGUCUCUGCUCUCUUCUUUUUGUUCAGAGUGUCUUACGUUUAGUGUUUUAUUGGAGAUUUGGAAUAGAAAUUGAAAUCAACAAGAUAUAAAAAAAUGAGCUUCCUUAGAAACUGAUUUAUUUUUCUUGUAGUUCAGUUACAAAUGUUAUUUAGCACUGUACUUUACUGAUAAUAGAGAUUGCAGAGGUAAAGGAGAUCUUUAUUUUCUUCAUUUUAACCUUCCAAAGUCAAUAUCACACUGUGCAUGUUAGUUCUCUUUGUCUCUUCUGGGAUCAACCUUUUCUCUUCAGAGAACAGGCAUAUCAACACAAGUUUGCAAUAUAGUCUAGUGAUUUGAUGCCCUGAAGUCCCCAGCAUAAGUACCCUUUACAGACUGUGUCCCUUUCUUUGCUGCUAUUCGAAACGUAUUUGAUAGAAUCUUGAUCAAUCAGGUUUUCUUAGCUUUAUUCUGGAUAUUAAAGAAAAAACAAAAAAACACCACAAAACACAAAUCUUAUUAACAGUAGAAAUGCAACUGUGUAAGAGUGACCUGAAGCCCUUCAUAUAGAAUAGGUCUCAGUAGAUCUCUUAGAGAUGCUUUUCUGAACGCUGCAGAGGAAGCACAUUGCUAUGGUCUGCUCUUAUGCAGUGCAUCAUUGAUGCAAUAAUAUUUAGUACAUUGUGUGUAAGUUAGGAUAAGUGAUUUGUGGAUAAGAGUUUGAAUGAAAAGUUGUAUGUUCUUUUUUUACUUGCUGCGUACUGUACUUGGCCUUAAAUACAACUCUGACUUAGUUUUAAUACUCUUUAGAAUCUUCACCUCAUUUGCUUGUGUCCUGGGGCAUUUUUCUGUAAUGUGCUGAAACUUCAAAACUGAGCAUUUUCUAACGAUGCUGUUGAUGGUAGUAGGGGGAUUGUAAUGUAUCCAGGAACUGGGCUAAGCCCUUAGUUUAAGCAAGCAAAGCUGAACUUGUAAUGUUAUGACAGAGGUCAUACUGAUCAUAGGUGGAUUUUUUUUAGGUGAGGAUUAAUAAAGCAGUUCAGUUACAGGACAGAGCUUCUGUUCAAUUGAUAUUUGUCUUCUUGGAAAACCAAAAAUCGCCUUGUGUAUACAUAUCAGUCAUGUUUAGUUUCUUGGAGAGCAAUCAUCGUAUUUUAUGUACUAGUUAUGUACUAUUAUGUACUAGUUCACCACUCGAACAUACUAAAAGAAAGCUGAUUAAAGAUUGUAUUUCAUAUCUGUUCUAAUACACGAGGGUAGCAGCGGUAUUGAGAAGCUUACAGCAAGAAUAACAUGUAAUCAUUGGGUCCUGUCAUGUUUCUAAAAUACCUUGCAACUAGCUAAAGCAUAAAAGAAGCCAUUUAUUGUGACAAAUCCUGCUUAACUUUGCAAUUAUGUUAUUAUUAAUUUUCAUGCUUAAUGUCAUUUUGUUUCUGUAUGUUCUUAGAUUGCAUAGUUCAACAAAGAAUGUUUAUAUUUGCUGGUGAACUGGUGAUUCAGUUUAUUUGCUUUUAAACUGUUGAGGUUUGCACAUGUUCAUGUUUGCUGCUUUAGUAAAGACAAGGUUAGAAUAACAUAGGAUGAGCGAUGAUUGGUUUUGGUAUUAAGAGCAUGUAGAAGUGUUCAUUUUGAUACAUUAGAUCAGAUUCUCCCUUCAGGGGAAUAAUGACAUGAUUUCAUGCGCAUGCUGCUGAGUGCAGAAUCUGGCACUGUUAUUCUCAUUGUAUACAAAGAACCUCCUGCUGGGGUUUAUCAACAUAAAAUCAACAAAAAGGGUGUACACAAGUUUCUGUAUGCUGUUGCAGCCAUAUUUCUCUGUUACCUGUCUUCCAAUUUAUCAAAGUCUAGUAUAGAAUAAAGUCUUUUGAAAUGUGCAUAGCAAGUGUGAAAUUAAAAGCUGCUUUAACUUCUC